CUGUUUCAAGCUUCACCAUUUUCAUCUUCUUUUGCUCAAAUCAAACACAAUUGUUAGGGUUUCUUUCUUUCUUACACUCUACGAAAUGGAAGAAAGCAAUGAUCUUUUUCAGACCAAUUUCAGUCCUAAAAUCUCAGAAAUCAGAGCAUCUCUGUCUCAGAUCAUAUUAGCAGGAGGACCAAACACACUCGACUCAAUCUUCUCACUUCUCACUCCCUCCACCGUAGAAUCCGCCACAACAUCCUUCAACAAUCUCAAUCCUCAGCCACCGCCGCAGCUCGGCUCCUCCGUCUAUCUCCGGCAACGAGAUAUCAUCGAGAAAUUCCACCUUCAAAACAGAGCAAUCUCCACUCCUCAUCCUCCUCUGUUUUCCUCAUCGUUCGAUCAUCAUCAAACUUCCGAGCUAAUGCUCCAAGCGGCGGCCGGGACUCCAGCAGCCGCUUUCGCCGCUGCGUUAGCGGCUGGGAGGACGACGAAAAAGAAGAAACUUUACAGAGGAGUGAGGCAGAGACAUUGGGGAAAAUGGGUUGCGGAGAUAAGAUUGCCGCAAAACAGAAUGAGGGUUUGGUUAGGUACUUACGACACGGCGGAAGCCGCCGCUUAUGCUUACGAUCGCGCCGCCUACAAGCUCCGUGGAGAAUAUGCUCGUCUCAAUUUCCCGAAUCUCAAAGACCCGAGUGAGUUACUCGGACUCGGAGAUUCCUCUAAGCUGAUAGCUCUCAAGAACGCCGUCGACGGGAAGAUCCAAUCCAUUUGCCAGAGAGUCAGAAAAGAGAGAGCAAAAAAGAGCGGGAAAGUGAGCAAGAACUCGUCGGCGACGGCUGAUUCUUCGUGUUUGUCAUCGCCGGAGAUUCUUUCGUCGUCUCCGGCGACGACAACUGCUACUGCGGUUACUUCAGAGGAUAGUUACUGGGUUUCGCCGAUGGGUUUGUGUAACAGCGAGAUUAGUUCUCCGGCAUCGGUUUCGGUCUCCGAUGAGAUUCCAGCGAUGACGACGGCGACGGCGGAGGAAGAGGCAAUGAUGGGAGUGGACACUGAUGGGUUCUUGCUAGCGAGAAUGCCAUCGUUCGAUCCAGAGCUUAUUUGGGAAGUUCUUGCCAAUUGAACUACACAAAAACUGUGAAUUUUGAUCAAAAUUGCAACAAGAAGAAAAUACAAAACAAGACUUUGG